AUGUUAUGCUGUUCAAAUGCAAAAAAAUAAAAAAUUUCUCAAUAGCAAAAUGCCAUUAACUUAUAAACAACUCAUCAAAUUUAACAAGUAUUAAUAACAAUUAUUCUAGGAAGAAUCUCUUAACAUAAAUGAUGAAGCUUGCACAUUUCAUACUACAAUAUAAAUUCAACAAAUAAACACUAUUUAGACAUACAAAAUUACUUUAGAUCACUAAACCAUAAGGUAUUGUUUUUAUUAAUUAAACAUAGUAGAUCAAAUAGUCGUGGAAAUAAUGAUCACAUUGCCUAAUCGAUUAUUAUUUAACCAAUUAGAAAAACACCAUUUUUUACUUUUAAGAAAGGAGGAACUGAUUAUUCAACAAAAUACCUAUCAACUAAGUAAGGGUAUACAUUACUAGUAACAGCUCUUUCAAAAUGA